UUUGUUGGUAUAUUUGCGCGUGUUGCAUGUAUACACGCGCGCGCGCACGCACCAAGUUAACUCUCGCCCUCUUUUCGUCUCCUGGGCGCGUGUAUUUAUAAACGUGAAAUGGUGAAAUGGCACGAGCACUCAACUGCUUACGAUAUCUUCUAAUCGUUGGUACCGUCGUUCUUGGCAUUUCAGGAAUAGUAGCUUCAACCUUCGCUGGAUUUUUUUUAUAUCAGUUAGCCGAAUACAAACAACUCACACCUGACAAUGUUUACGGUCCAUCAAUUACUCUUUUGGUUUUGGGUUUAUUCACAUGUGCCGUUGGUUGGUUGUCAUGGCAUUUUCUCGAAUUUACGCAAAAGAGUCAAGUGAUACUAUUUGUUACAAGUUUGGCGAUAAUUGGUAUAUUAGAAACGACUGCUGGAAUAUGGGCACUUGUCAGACACGAACAAAUAGAUUUCCUUCCGGCUACACGUCUUAGAACAGUAUUUGUAGCUAAAGACAAUGAACAAUUAUGGGAACACGUACAAACUAAGUUUCAAUGUUGCGGCAUGGACGGACCAACCGAUUACCGUGGGCAAAAUUCGGUUCCGUGGUCUUGUUGCGAUACAUUAGUGUCUCUAAAGUCAAACAACGAUAAAUCCACUUGUACUUCCAUGUAUGCCAGAGGCUGCCAUCAUGUUAUGAUAAGUCGUGCGAGAUCGAUUUUAUUACAUGUGUUUUUACUCGGUCUCGGUGGAUUAUUAUUGAAAAUUUGUUUAAUAAUAUGUUCAGCAUGUUAUGUGAAAGCAUUUACGGAUAGGAUAGAAAGAAGAAGGCAAGAUGCGUUGACACGCAGAAUAUCCUCCCAAGUGAUAUAUCAACCAGAUAAUAAUUCAAAGCUUCUGAAUCGACAAUCGUCAUUAAACGAAACGUAGUUUAUUGUUUUAAAAAUAAAUAACUCAAUAUUGUGUUCGAUGAAAUUAAUGAAAGUAAGUAGAUACAUAUGUUCGAUUGAUCGUUUUUGGCAAACGGAUUAUGUCGAGAUUUUAUCAUGCGAUCGAUUUUCUCAAUGAUAAGAUAUUGUUCAAAAAAUAUGACUAAAAGUGACUCAUCAGAAGGGUACUAAUAUGACGUAACGUUAUGAAAAUAAUAAGGAAACCAUUUACAAAAUAGAACAUAUUUUCUAUGACAUCAAUGAGAUUUCUUAUCUUGUUUACUUGAUAAAUUAACAUACUUUUAUAUUACUUUUAAUUAUUAGAAAAUAAUUUGCUAGAGAAAAUAGGUUUUAUUAUCUUUAUAAAUAAAUCUCUGUAUAAGAAUAUUUUGCGAUACAAUUAUAGGAAAUUAUAAUAAAGGACAAUAAAAAAGGGAAUAUCGUUU